UCGGCUGGGAAAUGGCGGCCGCGGGCUUGGUGACUGUGGCCGCGGCUGCUGAGUACUCUGGGAUCGCGGCAUCGGGAGGUAGCUUCUCAGGUAUUAACUGCGGCCCAAGCUCCGGGGCGGCCCCUGGUCCUGGCCCGGGUUCGUGGAGCCGCUCCCUCGAUCGAGCCCUGGAUGAGGCGGCGGUAACCGGGGUGCUGAGCCUGAGCGGCCGGAAACUGAGGGAGUUUCCCCGAGGAGCCGCCAACCACGACCUGACGGACACCACCCGUGCGGACCUGUCACGAAACCGCCUUUCAGAAAUUCCUAUAGAAGCAUGUCACUUUGUAUCUCUUGAGAAUCUCAACUUGUAUCAAAAUUGUAUUCGGUAUAUCCCAGAAGCAAUUCUAAACCUUCAGGCUCUAACAUUCUUAAAUAUCAGUCGGAACCAGCUGUCAACAUUGCCAGUACACUUGUGUAAUUUACCAUUGAAAGUCUUAAUUGCUAGUAAUAACAAGUUGGUCUCACUUCCAGAAGAAAUAGGACAUCUCAGACAUUUGACGGAACUUGAUGUGAGCUGCAAUGAAAUUCAAACAAUACCUUCUCAAAUUGGUAAUUUGGAGGCAUUGAGAGACCUUAAUGUAAGGAGAAAUCACUUAGUACGUUUGCCUGAAGAAUUAAGUGAGUUGCCUUUGAUAAAGUUAGACUUCUCCUGCAAUAAAAUUACAACAAUCCCUGUUUGCUAUCGGAACCUCAGACACCUACAGAUGAUCACCCUAGAUAACAAUCCACUACAGUCUCCUCCUGCACAGAUAUGUAUCAAAGGCAAAGUCCACAUAUUUAAAUACCUGAACAUGCAAGCUUGUAAGAUUGCUCCAGAUCUGCCAGAUUAUGACAGGAGACACUUGGGUUUCGGCUCCUGUCAUGAAGAACUAUAUUCAGGUCGCCCUUACGGAGCCCUUGAUUCAGGUUUCAAUAGCGUGGACAGUGGUGAUAAGAGAUGGUCAGGGAAUGAGCCUACAGACGAAUUUUCAGAUCUGCCUCUUCGAGUAGCAGAGAUUACUAAAGAACAGAGACUACGGAGAGAAAGUCAGUAUCAAGAGAAUACCAGCAGUUUAGUGGUAACAAAUGGUGGAGUGGAACAUGAUCUGGAUCAGAUUGACUACAUCGACAGCUGUACUGUGGAGGAAGAAGAGGACCAGGUGAGGCAGCGCAAGGCCCUGGACUCAGAGAGUCUCAGUUCACAGUUUAUGGCAUAUAUUGAACAACGGCGAAUCUCUUAUGAGGGUACACCAGUAAAACCAGUACCCAUUAGAGAGUUUCAAAAAACGGAAGAUGUAAGAAGAAGUUCACAUCAAAACAGGGUUCCAGUUGAGCCAUCUUCUCUCUUGUCACUAUCACCAAGUCACAAUCAGCUAUUACAUUCAGACUUGGAACUUCAUCGGAGAAGAGAACAAUUAGUAGAGCACACUCGGAGAGAGGCACAACUUGCUGCCCUACAAUAUGAGGAGGAGAAAAUAAGGACCAAACAGAUUCAGAGAGAUGCUGUCCUGGACUUUGUCAAACAAAAAGCAUCACAGAAUCCACAAAAACAACCCCCCUUACAUGGUGAGUGUCCCUUCCCAUCCAGAAGGUCUCAACAUACUGAUGAUAGUGCCUUGUUAGUGUCGCUGUCAGGGUUUAAUCAAGUGGGCUGUGCUGCUACCCUGCCUCAUUCUUCUGCCUUCAAGCCUAUUAAGACUGAUGACAAAUCUAAUGCCUCAUCAGGUUCACCUACAGCAGAAACAGUUCAUCAUUCCCCUGUAUAUUCUUUUCCUGCUGCUGCUAUCCCGAGAAAUCAGCCCCAACGUCCUGAAAGCUUCCUUUUCCGAGCAGCUGUCAGGGCAGAAACAAAUAAAGGUCAUCCUUCACCCUUUUUUUCAUCAUCUGCUCCUACCACUGAUUCUACAGAUUCUAUAACAAGACAGAAUUCAAGACAACGAGAAGAAGAGCUGGAAUUAAUAGAUCAACUACGAAAACAUAUUGAGUACCGGUUGAAGGUAUCUCUGCCUUGUGAUCUUGGAGCAGCUCUAACCGAUGGUGUUGUUCUUUGCCAUUUGGCCAAUCAUGUGAGGCCUCGAUCUGUCCCAAGCAUUCAUGUUCCCUCACCAGCUGUACCUAAAUUAACGAUGGCAAAAUGCAGGCGAAAUGUGGAGAAUUUCCUGGAAGCUUGCAGAAGAAUUGGUGUACCUCAGGAGCAAUUGUGUUUGCCUCUCCACAUUUUAGAAGAGAAAGGUUUGAGCAAGGUGGCAGUGACGGUCCAGGCUCUCUUGGAACUUGCCCCGCCCAAGCACCAGCAGCACCAGCUCUCUGCAGUGUAAGGACUCCCAGGCCUUAGGGGUCUGGCCUGGGCCAAAGCAAGGAACAGGACACCAUGGUAGUUGCUGCCGGCAUCUGCUUACACAGAGCUCUAUGUGUUGUUAGGAGGGACUGUUGUCACGAUUCCUAACAGGAAUAUUUUGCUUCAUAUCUCCAUUUUAGGGGAGGUUGUAUCAGUUUCCAUUGAAUUUUUUAGCAAAACAUUGGUUUUCUCAAAUGAAACCUGAGAGUCCAACACCAAAGCCUAAACUGGCUGUGCUUCCCUAGACAGUAGGCUUAUGUCACAUGCCAGACAGGAGGAUAUAUAUUUAGCUCUCUUGGAGGCACAGACAUGCUAUUAUCUUUACCUUUUCCCAAGGUUUUUCAUUAGAAUCUCCUGGACCAUUUGUUAAAAAAUAGAUUUUUUCAUUCAGUAGGCCUGGGAAUCUGUAUUUCAGCAAAAAUUCCAGGUGUUUUUCCUGUAGUGGAGACUGAACUAAGCUAGAUAUUUGUAUGGGUUUCGAAGGUAAUGCCUUUGUUUAAAAUCAAAAGCUUUUUGUACCAUUCUGUCAAAUAUUAUGACUUGUUGGACUGUCCUAUCAAAGGUAAAACAAAAAUAAUGUAGCCUCAGGCUAAAGAUUUUGCAUAGUAAAAGAGUGAAACAGAUAUAGAUGUUUUUAAGGCCGGUGCCCUAGGCCUCCCCCAACUCCAGGCAAACAACACCUUCUCUUAGCGCAGAGGACAGUUUUGUAUAUCAUAAUGCUAGACAUUAUGAACAAGCACUCUACUCACGGGUUCUAAAGCCGCUAGCUGGCAACAUGUGCUCCUUUGCAUCAUUUACAUUCACUUCAUUGAGCCGUACACUCUACCCUCUACCCACUCCCCCCUUGCUGCUACCAGUGUACCUGGACUUGAGAACACUUUCCAGUCACAGCAGAUACACUUCCAGCUCCCCAGCUAAUGGAAGAUUAUGAAAACAAAGCAAAAGGAAGUAAAGGAAAAGCCAAGUUUCUUAUGUUUCUUUCAGGUAACUGCCAAUUUCCGUGACUAAAUUAGAGCACUUAUGGCAUCUUCCACACAACUUCCUGUCUUUUCAUCUAGCUCUGCAUAUAGCACCACUAGUGCCUUACAAAACUGAAUUGUGGGUGGAAUAAAGGCUCUGGGGCUCACACAAUGCAAGGCAAGGGGCCCUUUAUUCAAUUUGAAGCCACUUGGGUUUUUCUUCCCCUUUAUUUUGAACCUCUUUCGGUUGUCAGUGAUAUAUUUGCCUUUGUAAAGCAAAUAAAUAGAGUAAGUGAAGAUAUUAGUUAUCUAGGUUUUGGGUUUUUUGUUAACUGUUCUGAAUUUUCUUUACCAAAGCAUGUAUUUGAGCAUAGUGCUGUCCCUCUUUUUAUCCUGUAAAUGCAGCAUCUAAAAAUAGUAUCUUUGGAUAAAAUCAUGUUGAGUACUUGGUCAAAAUAAUGUUUUCUUGUUUUAGCAAAAAAACAGCUUAUCACAAUACUGCCACUUUGUGCAAGUUAAAAAUGUUAAAACAUCUGAUCUUAAGGCGCCAUGUUCAGGGUCCUCAGUUAACAAAAAUAAUAGUGUCUUUUAAGUGCUUAGAGCCAAACCUCGUUAUAUUUACAGCACCAAACAGACCCACCAACCAUAUGACUUGUUUAGAAGUUAGUUGUGUGUGUUUUUAAACUAUAGAUCCUCUCCUCCCCCUUCCCCCAGCAAAUAUUAAACCUCAACCCAAUCUCUGGAUUAUAGAGGACCACCCAAAAUGAAGCAGCAAAAGACAGGACUGUUUGUAACAUACAGUGCAAGCAGUAAUUCCAGAAGACAUUACAUACUGCAACAUCUGAGGCUAACUUUCCCAAAGGAAUAAUAAAAAGUAGGAUUCAACUUAUUUCAUAUUUUACAUAUAACAUGACACUUUAUUAAUGCAUUUUUAUGAAACUAAUUCAGAUUUGCAUUUGAAUUGUUAGAAAACAUGUGUGUACCUUCUUGGUUGAUAAUGAAAGAAAAAUAUCAAAUACAUUGGAUUUCUGUUCUAUGUCAGAAUGCAAGAACACAUCAUGACUUUUUUGUUGAAGAAUUUCUGUAUUCAUUGUUUUGUGUGUACCUUUUUUUUGUUUUUUACAACACUGAAAAGAAAAAUUCAGUUUAUCGUUUAGGCCUUGCUAGACUCCAGUAGAAGAUGAAGAUGACCUUUGUAGAUUCCACCUGAUUAUGCAUGUGCUCCCUGCUGGAAGAGUGGCCUUCCCAGCACUGAAAGAGUGAAUGAAGAAAAGGCUAAGUGCCCUCCCAUCAGAGUUCCUGCCAAUUAUGGGGACUUUUUAAGUCGGCAGGUUUCCAAGCUUUCAAUCUCGUUUUUAGCCCUCCAAACCAAUUUUCUCUUGUAAUAACUAGGUGUAGAAGCAAGUCAUAGGUGCAGGGUCCUUUGUUUUCAGCUAGAACACAAAGUAGAACAACGUAGGCUUAGUACAGCCUGACAGCUAAUCAAAGAGUCUGAUUUCUCUUACUUCAGCUGAGCAGUGACUAAUGAUGUGUGACUAUGCUGGUGAGCCUGAUGAAUUUUUUAAAACUAAGCCCUUAAAUGGUUAUGGAAAUGAAGGAUAUUACAAGCCCUUUUAUAUGCCUGUUGCAGUGAGAUGGUUUACAGAAGAUUUCAUCUUAUUUCUGAAAAUUUUGUAACAUAAUUAGAUUUUUAAGGCGUUGUCCUAUAUUUGUAUGUCUGUAUAUAAAUUGUAUGAGUUCUAAGUAUAAAUAUGUCAAUUUCCUGUAUGUUAUUUUAAAUUGCCCAUAUGCCACCUUACACACUGACAUUAAAAUAAAAGCCAGCACUUCAGUAGCAUGAAAUAAAGGCUGAUUUGAAAAUGUA